AUUUAUUUAUUUUUUUUUUUUAAUUUUCGUAAAUCUUCUUUGGCUAUCGACGGCGCGACGCUGAGCUUUCGACUGUCGCCUCGUUGGGGCGCGCUGUCGUCGUGAGUGUCGUCAUUUUGGUAAUUGCGACAGCCUUUCGCAGGCGUCGUAGCAGUAGCGGCAGACAAGCGAGCAAGCGCAAGUAGCAAACAAACAAGUAAAAAAAUAUUGCAUAUAACGGAAUUUCACAUGAAAUGUUGCUGGAAUACGUAAUGAUGCUGCUUGUGUUCGGAUUAACCACAAACGUUGAGCGAAGUCAAAGCAACGCAUACGCAUUCGAAGGUACAACCAGAUAUCCACCACAUCACCAUCGCCCGCCUCCCCAAAAUGCGCUCACUUCAAACGGACACCAUCACCCACAACAACAUCAUUUCGACACAAUAUCGCUAGCAGGCCACCUAGCCGGCUCGUCACUUGUGUCAUCCUCAUCGCCAGCGCUCGCAUCAUUAUCACAGCUCGAGCUGUCCAAUGUCAUCGUGGAUAGUUUCGAAGGUGUGGGCGGUGUAGCAGGUGGCGUCGGUGAGCCGCAAUUUGAAAAUACCACCGAACGUGAGGUGAUUGCGGCUGUCGGUACGACCGCACGGUUGCACUGUCGUGUGCGAAAUCUGGGAGAUCGAGCUGUGUCAUGGAUACGUAAGCGUGACCUACAUAUACUUACUAUCGGCAUCAUGACAUACACGAACGAUCAGCGUUUUUUGGCGCGUCACACCGACAACUCGGACGAAUGGGUGUUGAAGGUGGUGUCGGUGCAGCCGCGCGAUGCUGGCGUUUACGAGUGUCAGGUGUCGACAGAGCCGAAAAUUAGUCAAGCGUACAAGCUGAUGGUUGUGACAUCAAAAGCGCAGAUACUGUCGAAUCGUGAGCUUUACAUACAAAGCGGCAGCGAUAUAAAUCUGACGUGCAUCGCACCGCAAGCGCCCGGCCCGUACACGCAUAUGAUGUGGUACAAGGACAGCGAAUUAAUUAACGACUCAACGCGCGGUGGUAUUCGUGUCGUGUCGGAGCAGCAAAUGAAGACAAGCAAUUUGGUGAUAUCGCGGGUGCUGCACCGGGACUCCGGGAAUUACACAUGUGCAGCAGAUAAUUCAAAUUCGGAUAGUGUGUUAGUGCAUAUCAUCAAGAGUGAGCAGCAUGCGGCCAUGCAACAUGAGCUUGCCACGCGCAUGCAGACGCCGCGACUGAUGCUGGUAUUACUGGCAUUUUUCUAUGUGAGUUGAUUAUUCGAGCGUGCAAUCAAAUGAAUGGAGUACGGUUAUGAGUUAGUGUAAUUAAAAUUAAGGAUUAGCAACAAAAACAAUAAGAUACUUGAAAUUAUUGAAUAAGCAGCAGAAAAUAAUACUACUAAAUAAGUCUUACAGUUGCCACAGCUUAGCUAUUCGAAGCGCAUAUGCAGUGGAGAGACGACAAUGGAGAUGCGCAUGUGAAGACGCUGCACUCACCACUCAGCACGCUUGCGUCAGCACAAUUGCAGAGCCAAAGAAACCAAAUAACCAAGACAACGAAUGUGCGUUGAGUUAUACGUUGAUGGAAGGACGCGCCGCUGCUGCAGCACAAUUUGCGUACAUUUGUGUGCACAAGAGACUUGAUAAUUGUUAGUUGUUUUUACAUAUAGCUGUCUGAUAGCUGUAACUGAUCCUUUACUUGCUGUUAAUUCACGAUUUCCCAUUAUUUGCUAUUUGCGUUUUUUAGCUUUAAUGCGAUAUUUUCGGUAGGUAUGUAUGUAUAUUCUGAAGCGUUAUAUUUCACUUGUAAAUGUAGUUAAUUAUACAUAAUUUGUAAGUAUUUUUGUACUUAAUAAUAGCUGAUAAGUUAAGGAUUUUAAGUGAAUGUGU